AUUGACAUCCUGAAUGGUGGCCGCGCUCCCCGGCUCCGCCGUCAACCUUGUCCCGGUUUCACCCUAAGCUACGCCAGUGUCACCGCCGACCCCGUCCACGCAGCGCCAUGUCCACUUUAAAUCUCCCUGGUUCUACCGGUUUCACGCCGCCUCAUGCAAUCAAGGAUCCUGUCCGGGUGCUCAUCACCGGUGCUGCAGGUCAGAUCGCCUACUCACUGGCGCCCCUCAUCGCCAAGGGCUACGUGUUUGGUGAGAAGCAGCCUGUGGUCCUGCACCUUCUAGACAUACCGCAGGUGAUGGAAGUCCUCGGUGGCGUUGUCAUGGAGCUUCAGGACUGCGCGUUCCCCUUGCUGCAGAACAUCGUGGCCACAGACGACGAAAAGAUCGCCUUCACGGGCAUCGACGCAGCCAUCCUGUUAGCCUCAUCUCCCAUGAAACAAGGCGCGACGCGCAAGGAUCUGCUGGCUACCAACGCCAAGAUCUACCAGAGCCACGGGCGCUGCCUCAACCUAUACGCCAAGAAGUCCGUGAAGGUGGUGGUUGUCGCCAACCCGGCGAACACAAUCGCGUUCAUUUGCUCCAAGUACGCCCCGACCAUACCGAAGGAGAACUUCUCAGCUCUGACACGCAUCGACCACAAUAGAGCCAGAUUGCAGAUUGCCCAGAAGCUGAAGGUGUCGCCUGCGGACGUGCGGAACGUGGUCGUCUGGGGCAAUCACUCGGCUACUCUGUUCCCGGACGCCACUUACGCAAAACUGAUAAUGCAAGACCACCAGGCCGUGAAGAUCACCGAUGUUCUGAAAGACGAAGCCUACCUGCAUGGAGAAUUCAUUGCCGCCGUGCAGAAACGCGGUUUUGCAGUGUUGGCUGCGCGCAAACAGUCCAGUGGAAUCACUACAGCCUGCGCAGCAGCGGAUCAGUUGCACGACUGGUGGCAAGGAACCCCUGAGGGCGAGUGGGUGUCCAUGGCGGUGAUGAGUGACGGCUCGUACGGCGCGCCACGCGGAGUGGUCUUCAGCUUCCCAGUUAGGAUCGAUGCUCACCGUCGCUGGCACAUCGUGGGCGGGCUCGUGCUGUCGGACUUUGCCAAGAAAAGGAUUCUAGCCUCGGGCAAGGAGCUCGUCGACGAACGAAACGACGCUCUAGCUAUCUGCAAGGACUGAGGGCCGAGCACCCAUGCAUACGUACAUAGCACGCUCUGAAAGUUCAGCGUUUCCUUCUUCACUCAGGUCUCGCCACCAGCCGCUUUAUCUACUAUCAAGCAUAAGAGGCUUUUGUUUAAUCUA